AUGAUCCGGCCGCUGGGGAUGGAAAGCGUCGGCUUGGGCUGUGGCUUGAACCCAAAGCACAAAGUAAACAACCAGAAUCUUCUGUCGUUGUUUGUGGCUUGCAAUGGAAUCACGAGAGAGUUCAACCUUGAUGACACAUUUGUGGCAAGUCAACGCAACCCCGCAGCGAGAACAACUUAUCGUAUGCAAUGCAAAUCGAUACCAUUCACAUUUAACCAUAUUGACAUGUCAACCCCCAAGAUCGAGGAGACAAAAUGGCGUGUAAUUCUUGAUCGACAUCAGUUCGCAGCUGAGCUCAUGCUUGCCAAUCUCCUUGUCGUUGGGGAUGCUUUCUAUUGUAUGAAUGACCAGACAGAGGCAGACAGACUCAUGCUCGUCAACAACGACAACGAGAAGUUGAGGUCCUUGCUGCAGCAUCAUCCUGAACACGAGGUCUUGUUGAAAAGGGGCAACAAGGCCAAGAUUGACCAUCAACACGAAGUGGGUACAACAAAGGGCGCGAAAAGAAAAGAGAGAGGCACCCCGAUUGAGAGUCACACGGGAGUUUGA